AUGGUGCUGCCCCUGCCCGUGAGUCAUUCCUCGCCCAGCCCACCGUCGGCUCCACCGCUGCCGACCCCAACGUCACCUCGCCAUCCGACCUCUUCACCUGUUGCGCCCCCUACUACCUCCUCCACACUUGGAAAUCAGCCGCCAUCGCCGCCUGCCAAAACUCCUCACCGUCCCACGACUCGGAGUCAACAUGGGAUUUUUCGUCCAAAACGUUUGUUUCUUUCGCAGGUCUCACAUCCUCUUGAGCCCACUACGGUGAAACAGGCACUUCAAGAUCCACGCUGGACUGCAGCUAUGUGGGCCGAAUUUCGGGCUCUUCUCUCCAAUCACACCUGGACUCUAGUCCCUUGUUCACUCUCUCACAACAUUGUGGAUUGUCGCUGGAUAUUCCGGAUCAAAUGGAAGCCCGAUGGCACCAUUGAUUGCUUCAAAGCCCGCCUCGUUGCCAAGGGCUACACACAACGCCUGGGCAUUGACUUCCAUGACACCUAUAACCAAGUGCUCAAGCCGGUCACAAUUCGCACAGUGUUCACGAUCGCCCAAUCUCAUCAAUGGCCAAUUCUUCAGUUCGAUGUUAAUAAUGCAUUUUUGCAGGGGUCUCUCGAUGAAACAAUAUACAUGACACAACCACUGGGUUUCCGCGAUUCUCAUCAUCCAGAUUAUGUGUGUUGCUUAUCUCUUGCCAUCUACGGGCUCCAUCAGGUGCCCCGAUCUUGGUAUCUCUCUUUAUCUGGUUUUCUUGAGCAUGAAGGAUUCGUGAAAUCCAAGUCCGACGCAUCCUUAUUUGUCUAUCACAAGGCGGACGUCACUAUGUACUUUUUGGUCUAUGUUGACGACCUUCUCCUCACCAGUAAUCAUGGCCCUUCCCUCGCCCGCUUUCAAGAACGCUUGGCUGAUCGAUUUUCACUCAAGAGUCUCGGCCAAGUUAAUUACUUUCUGGGUAUCGAGGUUCUUCCUCACUCUCAUGGCUACUUAUUGUCCCAACACAAAUAUGUCAUGGAUAUUCUCCACCGCUUCAACAUGGCUGAUUCUCAUCCGGCACCGACUCCGUUAUCUUCCUCAGCCAAGCUCACUCUUGUUGAUGGAUCUCCACCAACCGAUGUGACACUCUACAAAUAG